AACUGUGCAAAUGUAUUUAUACACAAGUAAAUCUUCAGCUAUUUCCUUUGCACAAAUUGUACAUCGUUGUCACGCGUGUAACGUAACGUCGCUUACACAUUGUAUUGUCAAGAAAGUUGAUACAUACUUCUCUUCACAAAGAACUAUAGCGUUUACUCAGCGAAUGUUAACCUUUCUCAUCCUCCGUCAACAUUCUUUGCUACACGCGUCGCGUAACAAAAUUAUUUCAUGUAAAAAAACAAAUGAAGCUGAAGGUAUGCGAAUUAAUCGGUGCUUUUCUCAGAAGAAAUUGACCUCUGUUUACUUUCUCUUAUUCGAGAGGGAAUUCGUCCAAUACAGGGAGAAAAGUAUUAGAAAAUGAUAGCAAAUAUUUCGAAGAUUGACAUGUUUAUUAUUCUUCUCGUAAUACAGGCUCAAUUAUUGCAAGAAAAGAAAUUAAUUUGCGUAUCUAAUAUUUUAAAUUAGUUGUACGACUCUCCGCUAGGAGCAUUGGUUGAAAGCGAGUCUGAAGGUUGCAUCAUAACCUCAACGGUAGGAGGCAUGCGGUGUCCUGCUCACGUUUUACGGUGUUUUGACAGUAAAAUAGUUUAUGUUAAAAGAUGAUAUUUAUAAAACGUUGUAUAUCGGAAGAGCUAGUACGAAGAUGCGCAGGAUUGACGCCGUCACUUGCACGCAGAUCUAUGGCUCCUGCUGCGAGUUUUCUUCAGCCAUGCAGAGGCAAGAAGGAUGACAGUAGUUCAACUACGCCAGAGUCUCUGUUUCAUCCUGUACCCAUCAAGCCAACCCCGGAUGACAUAAACAUCGGUGCCGAACUAACUGGAAGUUCCAUACAGAAGAAAGAUCUUCUGAAGAUACUAAAUUCUUUUGUGCAGAAAACUGAAAUCAAGAAACUGGCUGAGCAAUAUGGAUUGGACAGUUAUCUCCAAGGACAGGCUUUUACGAGCUUCAGGCAGUACUGCUUCGAAACACAGACAUUACCUGUAGAUCUUCAUAUAGUAUUGAGUGAUAUUCUACAGGGUGCUGGUAACAUUACUGAUAUUUUUCCAUACUUUAUACGCCACGCCAAACAGAUAUUCCCACAUAUCGAUUGCUUGGAUGAUCUCAAAAAAAUCAGCGAUCUACGAAAUCCAGCUGGCUGGUAUCCCCUCGCAAGAGCAAAGAAUAGGAAGAUAGUUUUUCAUGCUGGACCGACAAACAGUGGAAAGACUCACCAUGCCUUGGAAAGGUUUAUUACCGCAAAGAGCGGAGUGUACUGUGCACCGCUAAAGCUGUUGGUCGCGGAAGUAUUUAACAAAUGUAACCAGAGGGGGACACCGUGUGAUUUACUAACUGGUGAAGAACGGACGUUCGCUAAGAACCCCGAUAAUCCCGCGGACCACUUAUCUUGCUCUGUAGAAAUGGUGAAUUUACAGAAUAAUUACGAAGUAGCUGUUAUUGACGAAAUUCAGUUGACGCGCGAUUCCUACCGCGGCUGGGCGUGGACGAGAGCUCUUCUGGGGAUCCCCGCGGAUGAGAUACAUUUAUGCGGCGAAGCUGCUGCUAUAGAAUUGGUAAAAGCUAUCUGUAUUACAACGGGUGAAAAUGUGGAAGUUCGCAGGUACAAACGAUUGACGAGCCUCGAGAUAGAGAAAGAGGCACUCGGUUCUCUGACCCACGUCAGAGCGGGAGAUUGCAUAGUUUGUUUUAGCAAGGCCGACAUAUUUACCGUUUCGCGUUCCCUUGAGAGUAGAGGAAUAGAAACAGCGGUGAUAUACGGCAGCUUGCCACCGGGUACGAAGCUGGCGCAAGCUGCAAAAUUCAAUGACCCUAAGAAUACCUGUAAAGUCCUAGUGGCGACCAAUGCGAUUGGAAUGGGUUUGAAUUUGCACAUUCGGAGAAUCGUAUUUUAUUCACUGAUUCAGCCAACGAUCAACGAGAAAGGUGAGAAGGAGAUGGAGGUUCUGUCCGUUUCGUCGGCUCUACAAAUAGCUGGCCGCGCUGGACGUUACGGCACAGUCUGGAGUACGGGCUACGUAACAACGUUUAAAAACGAGGAUCUCCCGACCUUGAGGAAUUUGCUCAGUCAAACACCGGAGGUGAUAACACAGGCUGGUCUCCACCCGACGGCCGAUCAAAUCGAGUUGUACGCUUAUCAUUUACCAAAUUCGCCUCUGUCGAAUCUUAUGGAUAUUUUCGUAUCACUGUGCACAGUCGACAAUUCUCUUUACUUCAUGUGCACCUUAACCGACUUCAAGUUCCUGGCCGAUAUGAUACAGCACGUACCGCUCCCACUUCGUGCAAGAUACGUAUUUUGUUGUGCGCCAAUCAACAAGAAAUCGCCAUACGUGUGCACCAUGUUUUUGAAAUUCGCACGACAAUACAGUAAAAACGACGCGAUAACAUUCAACUGGUUGUGCCAACACAUCGGAUGGCCAUUCCAGUUACCAAAGACUAUCCUUGAUCUCGUUCACCUGGAAGCCGUAUUCGAUGUCUUGGAUCUUUAUCUUUGGCUGAGUUAUCGCUUUGUGGACUUGUUCCCGGAUGCCAAAAUGGUUCGCGAUGUGCAGAAGGAACUCGACGCACUUAUCGCAACAGGAAUAGUUAAAUUAACGACAUUAUUGAUGAAUUCAGAUGAAGGCGGAGAGAAUGAUAGCUUCGAGUUGCAGACGCAAAAGCAGAAGUUUUAUAGAAGUAGCGAAUCAAGUGGCAAACGUAGUAUCGGUAAAGGUAAGUUGACUGAAAGAUUAUUAGCACAAGGACUCUUAACGCCACAGAUGUUGCGAGAAUUGCAAUUCGAGUGGACUCAGACAACAAAGAAAAAGAAAUAAUGUAAUACGUGUAACGAAGUAUUAAAUAAUGUAGAAGAAAAUUGUAUCAUACUAUUGCGAAUAAUGUGUAAAUCUGAUUGUGGAUUAGAAGAAACACAAGCGUUGACAAGAUAUGAAUGACUGAAUUUUUAGUUUUAUUAUUGCGAAUCCAAUUAUGUGUAAAUACUAAGGCAUAAUAUGAUACAUAUUGUACAACUACCGUUUUAGUAUUUAGCGAAUUAUUUAGUAUGUGCAUAUGCGGAUUAAAGUUUUUUUUUCUAUACAAA